AUGAAAAUUUUGUUUGUUCUUCUAGCAAUCGUUAAUGCUUUUAAUUAUGAUCCAGCCUUAGCUAAUGAACUGACUGCAUUUUCUUUUGCAGCAUAUUGUAAUCUAGAAGACAUCUUAAAUUGGAAUGUUGGCACAAUAAGUGAAUAGUAUCCCCAUUUGAGCAAAAUAUAAAUAUUCGAGAACAUAGAACUAGUAUUAGAUUUUAUUAAUUAAUAGGAAACAAGAGGUUAUAUAGCUUAUAAUUCACAUUCUUAAGCAAUUACUGUUGUUUUUCGAGGUUCAUAAAACCUGAAGAAUUUCAUAGCUGAUAUAGAUGCUUAGAAAAUUGAAUUCAAUCCAAUUUGCAAAUGUUAGGUUCAUGAAGGAUUCUUUGCAGCUUACACAUCUUUGAAAAUUCAUUUGGAUGUUUUACUAGGAGAGUAUAGAAUGAAAUAUCCAUAUGCUAAAUAUCAUGUAACAGGACAUUCAUUAGGAGGAGCUAUGGCAACAUUGUUUGCAAGUGAAUUAUCUAUGAUAGGUCUGAAAGUAACACUUGUAACUGUUGGUUCUCCAAGAGUAGGGGAUUCAGAUUUUUAUGAUUGGUUUUCAACAUUAAAAGUAACUCACUCAAGGUUGACUAAUAAAAAAGAUAUUGGACCUCAUUUACCACUUGCUAAAUAUGAUUUUGAACAUGUUAAUACUGAAAUCUGGUAUAAAGAUGGAAUAAAUUAUGUAAUUUGUGAGGAAGUAAAGGGAGAAGAUCCUACAUGUUCAGCUUCUGUUUAAUAUCCAAAUUUAAAUGAUCAUUUAACAUAUUUAGGUUGGUCUAGUAAUUCAUGCCAUGCUCAAAUGGCAGAAUGA